UUUAUGCCUCUUGAACCAUGGAGGAACAGCAGCCAUGGCUCUGCGCUAUCCCACCACCGUGGCCUUCAACAAGGAACACAAGGUGACUAUGAACAUGAGUGAACCAAGGAAUAGCCAUUGCCAUGGGCACCUCACCAAGCACACCAAGUUUGUGCAGGACAUGAUCUGAGAGAUAUGCAGCUUUGCCUCAUACCAGCAGCAUGCCAUGGAGCUACCCAAGGUCUCAAAGGACAAAUGUACCCCCAAGUUUAUCAAGGAAAGAGUGGGGACACCCAUGUGUGCCAAGAGGAAGACAGCAGAGCUGAACAAUGUCCUCGCAGCCAUGAGGAAAGUAGCAACCAAGAAGGACUGAACCCCUCCCACUCUGUACAUAAGAAAGCCUUUUUGGAACUUGAAAAAAAUGAAAAUAAAGAUAAAAUUUAAAUUAAUGUAUCCCAGGCUUGGGUCUGACAAAAUUUAGUACAUACAGCCUUUAAAAUUAUUUGCUUAAAUAAUCUAAAUUUAGGACUUAUAUAAUUUCAUUUAAAUCACAAACUAACCUAGCAUAACUCUAAUAGAAAAAAAAGAAUUCACUCCUGAAAUGACUUUAUAGUACUUUUUCAUUCCAUUUUGGUGUGCUUUUCAGAAUCAAGAGGAAAGUAAGCUCCGAAUAUUAGACAACACUUAAGAAACUAUGCAUUUAUGAAAUAGUAUUAAUAAAUUAAAGUGAAGGUUAAAAUUAAUAAAUUAUUUUUACCUAAAAUCAGUAUAUUUUGAUAUGUACUACUUUCAUCCCCAAAGAAAAGCCACACUGUCAAUGAGUUAUUACUGACUUUAAGAAACGGAAUCAAUAAUCACGUAUUUUUUUAAGAAUAUAUUUUUUAAGAAUAGGACUGAGACUAUAUUCUCUAUGAUUUACUUCUUCUGUAUUGUGAAGUUUCAGUUCCCUUUGAAUUUGGUUGGUUAAUACAAUCUAUCAGGAAUUACAAGAAAUUUCUGAAAUCGCUCAGUGGGAGGUUUAUAAAAAAUUACAGCUGCUCAUUAUUUGAGAAUUCUAUAUUUGUGAAUUCAACUACUCACUAGUAUUUAUUUGAAAUCCCCAAAUCAAUACUUGCAGUGCUUUCAUAGUCACUUGUGGACAUUCACAGUGCAACAGAAACUUAGGAGCUGCCUCAUGUGCAUGUUCUCAUGUAAGGUCAAACAAGGUGAAUGCUACCUUCAAACAAAUGUCAUAUUUGUGUUAGCUCUCUAUAAACAAAUGUCCUCUCCACACUCUAUUUUGCGUUAUGCAUUUUUUAACAUUUUUUGUGGUUUUGUUGAUGCUUGCAUUGUUUAAAAUGGCCAACAAAAUUAGUACUGAAGUGCUGUCCAGUAUUCCUAAGCACGAGAAGAAGGACAUGUGUGUUAGGAAAGCUUCAUUCAGGCAUGAUAGUGCUACUGGCCAAAGUUCAGUGUUAACAAAUCAAUAAUACACAUUAAACAUGAUGUCUUUAAACAGAAAGAUACAGAAGAUUAUGAAUGGAUCAGUUACAAAAAUGUGACCAGAGCCUCAAAUGAACCUAACCCUGUAUUUCCUCUAAGAGCAAUGGGUGGUUCAGUAUUCACAGAAGCUUUACAUAAUACAACUACUGUGAAUAAUGAAAAUGGACUGUAUUUAGUUCAAAUUCCUUUUAACAUCUAAUGGCUAUCUUCAACUGAGAUAAUUCUUCCUCAAAUGCCCGUAAGAUACCAUGAAUUAGAAAGCACUUUUGACCUCACAUUCUUUUUAAAAACAAAGAAGCAAUCAUGAAAUAAUAAAUAUAACUACAGAGGUAGUUUAUUUAUUUAGAUAUAUCUAUAAAAAUAGUUCAUUUAUUUAUUUAAAUAUUUUUUCCCCAAGGUCUAGCAACUGGAAAUAUUUUGAAGAUGGCACACACAUUAACAAAUAGAAAUGAAAACAUAAACACGUUAUAUAUAACUGCCCCAAAUAAAGUCUACUACUACUAUUUCUAAGGCUAAAGCCAUAAAAAACACAGUAACCCCCCAAACCCAAACACCUAAAAGCACUCUUCAUAUACUGCACGAAAAAACUAUUCUAUGUAAUUGUACAGGUAAAAUAAAAAUUUCUGCCAUCAGAAAAUACUGAAUCUAAUUAUAAUUGAGAUUUUCUUUUUAAAAAAUGAAAAAUAAAAAAAUAGAUAUAAUAAAGAUGGAAAUAACACCAGCUUAUAUUUUUAAGUAAUUUCUACAUCCAACAUGCGGCUCAAACUUAAAAUCCCAAGAUCAAGAGUCACAUACUCUAUGUACUGACCCAGUCAGGUAUCCCUUGGCCUUAUUUUGAAAAAAACAACCCAUACUUAACAGAUAGAAUUUUAAAAUUAUUAUUGUGAUUUUGAAGGUGGAGUUAGUACUCCUAUAUCUUUUUGAAACAGUUAUUUCAUCUAAGAUGACCAUUAAAUUAAACAUCAAAAUAUCUGAAUAUAGAACCAGGCAUUCAAGUUGCUUUAUCAUAAAGUAUUUUAGAUCAGGAUUGUGAAAUAUAAUGAUGUAUUUUCAAUCCCACUUAAAGCAGGAGUUCAAAGUUUUUGUGACGUUAACAAGUCAAAUCAUUUACAUUUUACUGUCUUACAAAUUUUAAUGUUUUACUGUUGGUGUUUAGCAUGUAUAUAAAA